AUGAAAACUGACAAAGUUAUCCUUUCAGAUGAAAAGCUUUGUGAAUUAGCUAAAAUUAAUUAUAAACAACGAAAUAAAUUGAUGAAACAAGAAGAAAGGAUGAACUUAGUUGAAAAAACUUAUAAAAGAGGUUUAUCAAAGUCUGAUAUUGCUAAACCUCAUUCUCCUCAUUUGACUCGUGUCUCAAUGAAAAUCACAAGAGGAGAAACAGAUAAAUAUGUAUGUAGCAGUCCUAUUCUUCCAGAAACUAAAGACUUUGUCUCUCCUGUUUCUGAUCGUCCUUCUUCUCCAAAUAAUCAACCAUUUAAACAACAUCGCCCAACAGCUAUUUCUAGAAGUGAAACUUAUAACCCAGAAAUGAGACUAAAGUUUCUUGGUGGUAAAAGAAAAGGAGGUACAACAAAAGAAAAUGGGACUUUUUCUGCAACAACCAGUCCAGUUAAUCUUCCUUAA